CUUCCUGCUCCGCGAGCUCCCGUGGCCAGCAGUUUAAGGUCUCCUCACUUCCAGGAGGACCAGCCAAAGAGCCCUUCUUCCUGUCUUCCUUUGAUGGAGCACCACCUCCCCCGAUUCUGGGGCACCUUGGGGUGUGGCCUUGAUUUUGGCUUCUGAGGAGACUCUCCAGAGGUUAAUCAGUGCCAGGAAGUGGUCGCAAAUUUGGGGGCUAUAAUACGCAUUGCAGCCAUGUUCCUGCGAAGGCUUGGUAGCUGGCUACCUCGCCCUUGGGGACGGCGGAAACCAACGAAGCCUGACCCCCCUGCCCCAGAACCCAGAUGGGUGGACAGCUCCCCCGAGAAUUCAGGGAGUGACUGGGACAGUGCGCCGGAAAAUAUGGGAGAUGUGGGGCCUCCCAAGACCAAGGACUUGGGGUCACUGAGGAGCCGUGGGGCUACUCCAGAAGCAAGCAGGGAGUCCCAGCUUGAGCAACUGGGGAACAAGAGAAUGGAUCCCCUCAAGUGGGACAAGACUGUCUCCAGCACUCCAGAGUCUGUGAGACUGGAGCCUGGAGGAGCCAUUCCCAAAUUGGGAUGGGAUCCUGUGGAUUCAGGAAGCACCAGGAUAUCCAGGGUGUCCUCUGAAGGAGGCCUGUUUACCUCUGGACCUUUGGAAACCUCAGUGGAGAAACCUGGCCAGCGUCAGAAGCUACUGGGCUGGCUGCGGGGGGAACCAGGUGCUCCCCCACAGUACCUGGGGAGCCCAGAGGAGUGUCUGCAGAUCUCCACCAAUCUGACCCUGCACCUGUUGGAGCUGCUUGCCUCAGCACUGCUGGCACUGUGCUCUCGGCCACUUCGGGCAGCCCUGGACGCAUUGGGUCUCCGAGGACCCAUAGGCCUCUGGCUACAUGGGCUGUUGUCCUUUCUGGCUGCCCUGCAUGGGCUCCAUGCUGUACUGAGUCUGCUUACUGCCCACCCGCUGCAUUUUGCCUGCCUCUUUGGCCUCCUGCAGGCCCUGGUGCUGGCUGUCAGCCUCCGGGAGUCCAGUGGGAAUGAGGAGGCCACUGAGUGGGAGGACGAGGGAUCUGGGAGGGAGGCUGAGGAGCGGGAGGAGGCCCAGCAAAAGGACUGUGACAGUGGGUAGGGUGGGGACAAAGGGUGAAGACACUGUGACCUUUAGGAGGAAAGUGGGGACACCCAGUUUGUAAGCACAGGGACCUCAGGGGACGGGAAAGAAACCCUAGAGCAGGAGGGCACAGUGACACCCUUCACAUGCAGUGAGAGACAGUGCUGUUCAACGGGCUGUCUGCUUAUGGAUAGUGGGGCAUUGCCCGUGGAAUCACCAGCUGUUAUUACCUUUGGCUUUUACAUUUUUCCCACCUCAAGGUUUUUUCUUUCUACCAUGUUUUUUUUUCCCCACCUCCACUGCUAAAAAAAAAAAAAAAAAAAAAAAAAAAAAAAAAAAAUUGUGAUGGUGGAGAGUGAAGACCAAAGGGUACGUUCCACCUUUCCCAAACUCCCCAGGGGUAGAAGAAGCCAGAGGCAGGACAGAGGUCUCUAUGAAGAGGGUGAUGGGAGAUUCAUAUCCUUUGUAUCCCGGGACCUAAGCCAUGUUGGGGGGGCGAGUGCUUAGAACCGGGCGUCUAUAGGGGCUGCAAGUGGUAUGGUGCCUGCAGGGAGGAUGUGGUGCUCAUGGGAGCCAGAAGGAGUAGGGAGAGCGCCGGCAGUGUAGCACCGGCACUUGUCAUCUCCACUCAGUGUCCUUUCUAACGUCGUCCACACUACAUCCUAAAUAUACCACUACAAUGUGAGAGGUA